AUGGCAAAGUUUCCGUGUAAUUCCUUUGCGGUGCUCAGGCCCCCACAAGAUGCCGCUGUGCCUCUUGAUAGUCCAGGCUCCGCAGGACCCGGGGGCGAGGGGGGCUCGCUCCCCCAGAGGCGGAAAGCUCUGUCCUGCUAUACAGAAUCUGCUUCGGGUGAGGUCCCCUCCACGCGUCCGGCGGGUCCCACGGGGGAGGAGGGAGUAGUAAAGGAGAUGAAAAAAAAAGUAAGUCGAUCCUCCGAAAGAAAAUGUAGAAUUAUCGAGAAGAAUCCUUCCAAAAACUUUCCGGAAGAAAAUAAACCGAUUUUCACAGCCCCCAAGAAGAAGAACCACAACAAUCAAGUUCCAGCUCCGCGUGUCCCAGCCUUGACCGUAGAUCUCAGUCUUAUGAAUGAAGCUCGGAUCCGCCAGCCUGUAUUUAUAUGCCCGGGGCCCGGCCCCCUUGUUGACGUCACCCGUCCCUCACUCGGCAAACUUCUCGAUAUCUCCGGCCCUUGUGAACCCAGCCCCGCACCGUCCGGCAAGAGCUUCACUUUUCCCAGAUGGACAAAGAGUGUGUAUCUUGGACUCUGCUGCCGCCAGAGGUGCGGCGUUUGGGAGACAUUAAAGACCAAAGAAGAGAAAGCAAGAGAGACUGCAAGAAGCUAAAAGGCAGGACCGGAC